AUGAAGCCACCUGAAAAACAAGAUUAAUUACUCUAGUCUUGGCUAUUUAAAGGAGGCUUAACUUCUACAUUCUUGCAUUCGAUCAAUAUACUAGAAAUAUAAAUGGCUUCACACACAAAAGUGGAGAAAUUUAAUUCCAAAGAUGAAGUGACUGCCCAAGCAGAAAUAUGGAAAUACAUUCUUGGUUUCACUCCCAUGGCUGCGGUGAAGUGUGCCAUUGAGCUCGGGAUCCCUGAUAUCCUAGAAAACCAUGAAACACCAAUGGCACUUGGUGACCUUGCGUCCAAGGUUGGGUGUACAGAGUCAUCAUUGUAUCGAAUUAUGAGGUUUUUGAUCCACUAUAAAAUAUUUCAAGUGAAAUCUAUUUCCAAAACAUCAGUAGGGUACGUUCAUACCCCAUUGUCUCGUCUUCUGACGAGGCAAGGAAAGCACAGCAUGGCCGACCUAGUACUUUUAGAAAGCACCCCGGCCAUGCUGGCUCCAUUGCAAAAGCUAAGUGCCUGGGUUUUGGGUGACAAAGAGUUACCAUUUAAGGCGGUACAUAACACCGAUCUAUGGGGAUUCUGUGCAAUGAAUCCUGCCCAUAGUGAACUUUUUGACCGCGCUAUGGCGUGUGAUGCUAGGGUGGCAGUAGCAGCAGUGAUCAAGGGUUGUCCGGAGGUAUUUGACGGUCUUAAGACUGUAGUUGAUGUUGGUGGUGGUGAUGGGACGGCUAUUAGAUCUAUUGUUGAGGCUUUUCCAUGGAUCAAAGGAAUUAACUUUGAUCUCCCUCAUGUGGCAUCAAUGGCUCCUACAUGCAAUGGGAUUGAACAUGUUGGAGGAGAUAUGUUCGAUCGUGUUCCCAAAGCCGACGCUGUGUACUUGAUGAAAGUACUGCAUGAUUGGAGAGAUGAAGAAUGCAUCAACAUACUAAAGAAAUGUCACGAAGCAAUUCCUCAAGAUGGGAAGGUGAUUAUUGUAGACGCGAUAAUUGGACGGAAUGAAGAUGAUCAUGAUGAGUUUAAAGAAGUGGCGUUGAUGUUGGAUAUACUGAUGAUAGCUCAUACAAGUGACGGGAAAGAGCGGACUUUAGAUGAAUGGUCAUAUGUAUUUCAGGAGGCCGGAUUCACUCGUUACACUGUCAAACAUAUCCAAGCUUAUCAAUCUGUUAUUGAAGUGUAUCCCUGAUUCUAUACCUCUUUCUAAUUAUGUUGAUCUUCAAAAUUGGUCCAUUAGCUAUAUGUUAUGGUUCGUAUGUUUGUCAGUUUCUGCUCUUCAAUAAUAAAAUACCGAUCGAGUAUGUGAUUUUAUGCUAUAUAAACAAUAAUAGAAGUGUGAUUGACAAGUUAA